UGCUCGGGGCUUUAAAACUUGUCUGGGCGGCUCCUGUCGGGGCAGAAACCAAGGGAGAGUGAAGAGGUUGGGACGUGCAGCCGGACAAGGCUAAACCAGGUGAUCAGAAAAUGGCUAACACUAGCUCUGGAGUGAGGGUUUUCCAGGGAUUGCUUAUUUUUGGAAAUGUUGUCAUCUUGCUGUGCGGCAUUGCAUUGACGGCUGAAUGUAUUUUCCAUGUUUCGGAUCAAAAUGACCUCUGGCCUCUACUUGCAGCAGCUAACAACACUGACAUUUUUGCUGCAGCUUGGAUUGGACUUUUUGUUGGCUUCUGCCUGUUUCUACUGAGCAUAGUUGGUAUAUUUGGAAUCAUGAAAUCAGCCAAGAAUGUUAUCCUAACAUACAUUAUUUUGAUGCUAAUUGUUUACAUCUUUGAAGUUGCUUCAUGCAUCACAGCUGCAACGCACAGGGACUUUCUGGCUCCAAGCUUUUUCCUCAAGCAAAUGCUCCAGUUAUAUGAUAACCGAAAUUGGCAGAAUGAUGAUCAGUUCACAAAGUAUACGGAGCUCACCCGUUCUUGGAAUCGCGUCAUGACUGAAAAUAACUGCUGUGGUGUAAGAGGACCCCAGGAUUGGAUUAACUUCAACUCUGUAUUCAGAUCAACCCAUUUGGAUUCCGAUUUCCCCUGGCCACGAGAAUGCUGUACAACCGACUUUGUUGACCAAUUUCGAAAUGUGGAUGGUUGCAAACUUGGUGUUCGUGGCUUUGUUCAUGAUCAGGGAUGCUUUGAAUUUAUUUCUGGCCCUCUGAACAGACAUGCUUGGGGUGUAGCAUGGUUUGGAUUUGCUAUCCUUUGUUGGACUUUCUUUGUCCUUGCUGGAUCAAUGUACUUCUAUGCAAUACUGAACAAUUAAUGGCAUUGGACUUCAAACAUGGACUUGAAAUCAAAUCUGUUUGCAACCUUCCCACCUUGUAUGGCAAUACUGAGGACUCUUAGUCUGAACCUGUGAAGUAUUGGGAGUUGUAAUCUGUUCUGUUUAUAUUCAGUCCCCUCAGAUUUCCUCUUGCAUCUUCCACUUACUGACCUGGCGAAGAUCUUAUAUAAUAGACAUAGUUGUUGUUUCUGCACUUUUAAAGUACUCUUAAUUUUAUCGGAUGAUGAAAAUAGGCCAAGGUUCAGAAAACUUCUGUACAUCUGCCUGAACUUCAACCCAGUAACAAUGUUAUGAUAUUAGCUUCACCAUAAACUAUAACUGCUAGUGGGAAUUGGAUUCUAUUUGCCUCACGAAGUUCUUAGCUCUUGGCGAGGAUUAAGUACCCUGAAUUGGUGAGAAUAGAUGAACCUAUGUUCAACUUUAAAUGAUAGUUCAGCUACUCCUAGCUACACAGAUGGUUAGGAUUCUGUUCCACAGUUUGUAACUUGAGGGCAGAUUAGUCGUUAAACUGGCUUCCUACAAGGGGAUAGAUUAGAAAGAAAUACAAUCCCUUUAGUCAUAGCAUAGCAAAAGAAAAACCUUAAGUGUCUAAGCCUUUCAUUCUUCCAACCUUAAAAUUUAAACCUACAUAUUUAAAGUAAUCAAAUUAUCAUCAAUGUCUUCUUGAAUAAUGAAAUGAUCUGCAUGCAGCGGUCAGUUUCUAGUGUAAUGUAAACAAAUAUAAUUGUACUGUUGACUGUUACUUUUUGUGACAUUGGGGUUAUCAAUGUAAAAACACCUGAUAACAAAUUUUGUAGGAAAGUAACUAUAAGUGAAGGUGAUGAAUUUGGUAUAUUUUCCACCUCUUCUAUAAACUGAAUAUUAAACAUGUAAUAUAUAAUGUA